AUGACGGUUACCACUACGGACUACGUCGUCACGGACAGAUGUGGAAUUGUUGAGAACCGGCACCAGGUGCACGCUUCUGUUACUGAUGCCACGGGGAAGCUCCUGUUUGCCGUUGGCGAUCCCUCACGGAUGACGCUGGCUCGGUCAGCCGCGAAACCUGCACAGGCACUUGCCAUCCUUGAGACCGGGUGUUUUGAAAAAUUCCCGGGGUUUGAUGAUGCCGAUCUCGCGCUGAUGUGUGCGUCACAUAACAGUGAAGAGAGGCACAUUCGGCGCGCGCAGGCGAUGUUAAAACAGAUCGGGGCGGGAGAAGAUGAUCUUCGAUGUGGUGGGCAUGCUGCGCUUUCGGAUGCCGUUAAUCGGACAUGGAUCAAGCAGGAUUAUGCCCCUACUGCAAUUAGCAACAAUUGCUCUGGCAAGCAUGCUGGGAUGUUGGCUGGGAGCCAGGCAGUUGGUGCUGGAUUCGUGGGUUAUGAACUCCCCGACCAUCCCAUGCAAUUGCGGGUUAAGCAGGCUGUCGAGGAACUUAGUGGGCUGGAAGGGGAUAUGGUGAAAUGGGGAAUCGACGGGUGUAAUCUCCCGGCUCCGGCAUUGCCAUUGCAGAAUAUGGGCAAGAUGUACGCGGCGAUUGCGGCUGCGGCAGAUGCAGUGGGUAAGAGUGACGGCCUGUCAACGAGGACACGGGCUUCAAGCCGGAUCUUCCACGCUAUGUCACAGUAUCCAGAGCUUGUUGGCGGCCAUGGCCGAUUUUGCACCGAACUCAUUCGGGGAUUCCAGGGGGCGCUUAUUGGGAAGCUUGGUGCUGAUGGUUGUUAUGGCAUUGCGAUACGGGCGUCGGAGCAGACAAAGAACCUGGGCGCAGUCGGGGCGAUCGGGAUUGCGGUCAAGAUAGAGGAUGGGAACAUUGGGGUGCUUUAUUCGGCGGUUAUGGAAAUUCUCGAAAGGCUUCAAAUUGGUACGCCGGAAAUGCGCCUGAAGCUCGUUGCUUUUCACCAGCCUGAUAUAGUGAAUACCGCUGGUGUGGUGACGGGAGGCUAUUCCCAUCUGUUCGAGCUACGGCGUGUUUGA